UCGGCGGAGGACAGCGAGUAGAAGAGCCCUGCGCGCGCGGCGAGGAUGGAACGUUGCUAGAGUUCGCGGGUCUAGCUGCUGGGGGUCGGAGCCGCAGGCCGUGAGCCGCCGCGCGCCAAAGCGGGAAUCCCGGAGGCGGGCAGUUCUGCAAUUAAUGCACGCAUUUAAAACUCCAGAACCCGUGGACGCCAUGCACAGGAAACACCUCCAGGAGAUUCCCGACCAGAGUAGCAACGUUACCACCAGCUUCACGUGGGGAUGGGAUUCUAGCAAGACAUCUGAACUGCUGUCGGGCAUGGGGGUCUCUGCCCUGGAGAAGGAGGAGGUGGACAGUGAGAAUAUCCCCCAGGAACUGCUCUCAAACCUGGCCCACCCUCAGAGCCCUCCCCGAAAACGGCUGAAAAGCAAGGGGAAUGACAAGGACUUUGUGAUAGUCCGCAGACCUAAGCUAAAUCGAGACAACUUUCCAGGUGUUUCAUGGGACUCACUUCCAGAUGAGCUGCUCUUAGGGAUCUUUUCCUGUCUGUGCCUCCCUGAACUCCUAAAGGUCUCCAGUGUUUGUAAGAGGUGGUAUCACCUAGCGUUUGACGAGUCUCUGUGGCAGACGUUAGACCUCACAGGUAGAAACCUGCACCCAGACGUGACUGGUCGGUUGCUGUCUCGAGGGGUGGUUGCCUUCCGCUGCCCACGAUCAUUUAUGGAUCAACCAUUGGUUGAACAUUUCAGCCCUUUCCGCGUGCAGCACAUGGAUCUGUCCAACUCUGUUAUCGAUGUGUCUACCCUCCAUGGAAUUCUGUCACAGUGCUCCAAGUUGCAGAACCUAAGCCUGGAAGGCCUGCAGCUGUCGGAUCCCAUUGUCAAUAAUCUUGCGCAAAACUCAAAUUUAGUGCGACUGAAUCUUUCUGGGUGUUCUGGAUUCUCCGAAUCUGCCCUGAAGACCUUGCUGAGCAGCUGUUCCAGAUUGGAUGAGUUGAACCUGUCCUGGUGUUACGACUUCACCGAAAAGCACGUGCAGGUGGCUGUCGCGCAUGUGUCCGAGACCAUCACCCAGCUCAAUCUCAGCGGCUAUCGAAAGAAUCUGCAGAGAUCAGAAGAGAAUAGAGAGCCUGUUUACCAAGCUCUGGCAAGAAUAACAGAUGUCUCUACUUUAGUUGGAAGAUGCCCCAAUCUUGUCCACCUAGACUUAAGCGAUAGUGUCAUGCUGAAGAAUGACUGCUUUCCAGAAUUUUACCAGCUCAACUACCUCCAACAUCUCUCACUCAGUCGGUGCUAUGAUAUAAUACCUGAAACUUUACUUGAACUUGGAGAAAUUCCCACACUAAAAACACUACAAGUUUUUGGAAUCGUGCCAGACGGUACCCUUCAGCUGUUAAAAGAAGCCCUUCCUCAUCUACAGAUUAAUAGCUCCCAUUUCACCAGCAUCGCCAGGCCGACCACGGGCAACAAAAAGAACCAGGAGAUAUGGGGCAUCAGAUGCCGGCUGACGCUGCAGAAGCCCAGUUGUCUAUGAAGUAUUUAUUGCAGGAUGGUGUCCCCUCUUUUCUUUGGAACAGGGCAAAUAGGCAGGAAGCCCGCUUGCUGGAGCACUCGGCUGUUUUUAUUCUUGGUUUUCCCUUUGCCUUCCUUCUGCAAGUAUAUUAGAUGACUGUUUGAGAGCGAAAACUAUGAAGUUUUGCUUUUUCUGAAUAACCAGAAAAGCUCUGGUCACUGCUUCUAGUGCACUUAAGAGCCUAAGUUUAAGGCCUUUUGGAAUUUUAGGAGAGCCUAUUAAUUUCAGGAUACCUUAAGCAGCAAGAUUUGAGCCACCUCUUUCAAGUGCCCUUGUUAUUCAAUCUAUUUAGAAUCAAGCGUAAGAAUCACCACCAGCAAAUCAUUUUCAUGAUCUAUAUGGUAACUUUCUUCUAUUUAAUUUCUCAGUAUUGCUUUAUGAGACGUAGAUUGGUAGAAGUAUUUGUGUUGUGAACGGAACAAAAGGAGAAUCUAGGAUAGUAGCAUUUUGGCAAUCUCUUCUGAAGAGCGAAAAAUAGACCUUUCAACUUUGCCUUUAGAUUUGAAGUUAGGUUCAUGGAAACAAAAAGCUAAAUGAAAAACAACUAACCAAUCAGUGGUAAAGAAUUGGUACAGCAUUUGAAGGCUCAAGAGGCAAUUUUCUAUGAUGGGUUAAUCUGAAGUAUCGAAGUUUCCUUCAUGUCCUGUGCUCCCAGAAUUCCAAAUUAGCUAAGGAAAUAUAACUGUGGUCUUCUGACUUUAUGAUCAAAUGAUGCUAACGUGGGUUCUUUAGCUUUUAAGAUGACUCGCUAUGUUUUAGAAAGGUGGUAGUAGCCAGUCUUCAUUCUUGAAAUGUUGGCUGUAAUGCCAAACUGAAGUUACCUGCCAUUUUCCUUUAUUGCCAAGGUUCUUCAAGUUAUUUUUAUGUUACUCUGGAAUCAAGUAUUUUAAAUUGCCUUCUUAAAAAAAAAAAUUGUCUCCCACAAUAAUUGUUUGAAAGUCAUUGUUGUCUAAAGUUCCUGGACCUAGAGUUCCCUGAGAACUAUGUGUUCGUUUACUCAGAAAUACACCCUCGAAGUAGGUGUGAGUUCCAAAGCAGUAAAAGACAACUUGAAACUACAUAAAAGUUAAGACUCAGGUGUGGAAUCUUUGGAUAGCAACAGUGAUUUUUUUUUUUUAAUGGUGUCUAGAAGAAAACGGAUUAAAUUCUACUUAAAAAAAAAAAACACUACUAUCUUUAAAUUGAUGACCUUCCCAUAGGUUCAAAAUGGAACAAAAAGAGCCAAAACCUGUUAUUUCUAUUAACAUUGUUUUUAAAUCAGACUUUUCAAAUGUUAGAAACAAUGAUAUGAAGUGCCCUGAUCCGCUCAGACCUAAGGAAGAACAUUUUAAAGUGGCAUUAUACGGGAAAUGAUUAUGUUUCAAUUUUGUGCUAGUUAAAAAGUGCUAAAUAUACUACAUGAAAUUAUUGUUUACAGAUUAGUGACGGGGCUGAUAGUAGGAUCCAUUUGGACUGUGAUUUCCAGAUGCCCUCAAACAUACAGUACUUCCAAACUCAAGUCUAGCCAUAAGCUAUUUUGCUAACAUGUCAGAGUAAUCUGUAUUUUUGUAUGUGAUUUCUACUUUUAUAGACCUGUUUUAAAAUAAAACACAUUUUU